AUGCAGCCCUCCGACCUGUACGCCCGUCCCGCUCCCCCCUCCGACCUCGCAUCCGACAACUUCCACUGGUCCUCCGACGCUGCGUCCACAAUCGCACCCGAAGACUCGGUCUCGCAACUCGAUCGCCGCUUCACGGGGAGGAGGAGGAUGCUAGGACCGAGACCGAUGGAUGCGCCUCCUGUCCCGGGCGUGCCGGAGGAGUAUACGGAGCAGCUCAGAGGGGAGUACGUACCGCCGGAAAUGAUUGCCGAGGGAGACGAGGAUGAGAAGAGUACGGUCGUACCUGCGGAACCAGUCAAGCGGGCGGCGCAGGCGGUGGGACCGCUCGCGAAGGCGCGAGGGGAAGGAAGCGGCGGCGGAAGCAACACGAGCGGCGGCGCGAUCCCCUACGUCUCGCCUUCGCAGCACCCCCGCGAUAACUACGCCCAAGACGAAGACGACGACGACUCUCGUCCGCUCGUCCCUUCAUCCGGCCCUCCCACCUCAUCUUCUCGCUCUGCACCUACCCCCGCUCCAGCGUCGACUAUCACCCCCUACUCGCGCACAAGAGGCUAUGCCGCGCUCGGCAACGACGACGCAGACACGUACGACGACGACGGAGGAGUGUACGCUGCGUACUCUCGCUCGAGGGACGAGGACCUCGAGUCGAAAGCUGGGAUGAGGGCGGUCGAACGAGGGUCGGACUCGUCCGCUACGGGAUCGAGAGAACUUGCGGGAGCGCUCAGCGAUCCGGUCGGGUACUUGCGGCAGUCGAUCCGAGGCCGCGGAGGAGGGAGCCGAACAGACCGCGACCGUGAGGGGUCCUUCUACAUGCCCAACGAGCUGGCCUUCCGCCCACCCUCCUCCUCCUCAAUCGACAAACACCCCUCCUACCCGCCUCACACCCCCAACUCCUACCCGCUCUCGAAGAUCCCCUCGCUCGACGUCGCGCCCGCGACCGACCGAGGCGCGAAUGGCGAACAGAUCCGGCCGGAUCCGCUGUGGAAGAGGUGGGUAUGGGACGGGACGGAUCAGGAGAGGAGGGUGUGGGAACAUAAGAGGGGAGUGGGGAUGCAGAGGUGGCCGUUUGCGAGUUGGGCUUUGGCGGUCGUCAUGACGGCUGUUCUCAUCUACGAGCUGGUCAAGAUGAAGUCGUACACGGGCUCGCCAAUCCAGACCAAGCCUUCCUUCAACGUCAUGAUCGGUCCUUCCGCCGAAGUCUUGAUCAAUCUCGGCGCUCGCUUCGCCGGCUGCAUCAAAUACAUCUCGGGCGUCACCGACCUAACCUGGACUUGCCUGCAAGACACGAACAAAUCCACCCUCUCCUCGACCGACGCACAGUGCACCAUGUCGGAUGUCUGCGGCUUCGGCGGCUUCAAGAUUGUCGAUGGAACGGGCGGACCGAACCAGUCCUUCCGCUUCUUCGUACCGAUCUUCUUGCAUGCGGGUGUUGUGCACUUGCUGCUGAACAUGCUCGCGCAAUGUACGAGCGCAGCUCAGGUCGAACGCAUGAUGGGCACCCCACGCUUCCUCGUCGUCUACCUCGCCUCCGGCAUCUUCGGCUUCGCCCUCGGCGCCAACUUUGCGCUUGUCGGCCAGCCAUCCGUCGGGGCGAGCGGCGCGAUCUUCGGGACUCAUGCGGCGUUGCUCGUAGAUCUACUUGCGCACUGGAAGAUCGAGUACCGGCCACUCCGGAAACUCCUCUUCCUCGUCGUGGAGAUUGUCAUCGGUCUCGGGCUGGGAUGGGUACCAGGCGUCGACAACUUCGCCCACCUCGGCGGCUUCCUCAUGGGCCUUCUCACCUCGAUCCUCCUCUUCCCCAUCGUCCACCCCUCCCGCACGCACAAAUACGUCUUCAUCGGCCUCCGCCUCCUCGCACUCCCGCUCGUCGUCGUCGUCUUUGUGGUCCUCGUGCGGAACUUUUAUACGGGCGAUCCCGCGACGGCUUGUUCGUGGUGCAGGUACUUAUCGUGCUGGCCCACGGCGGCGAACAACCACUGCAAGGGAACCGGCCUCGCAACCUACUCGACCUCGUCGACCCUCCCCUCGGUCCUCACCAUCCUCUUCUCGACCUUCGUCCUCCCGCUGCUGUAA